GUGAAGAAGAUGGACCCUACUAGAAUUUCAAAAGAACAUGCACACUGUGUCAGAACACUUUUUGGACAUCAAGAAAAUACAGAUUUGCAUGAUACAUCCUUUGAAAAUCAAGACGUGAAGUUAAUGCCAGAAUCAUGUAGAAGCAUGAAACAGGCUCUCCAAAGAGCUGUGCAGAAGGAAGUCCAUCGUGUCAUUGGGAGAGCACCACCAAGACCAGAAAAAGCUGCAAUGGAGGCAUUGGGAAUGGAUCUGUACAAGAGAAACAAACCCGAGAAGCAGCCUUUUGCUCAUCUCAUUAUUGAUGAUAAGAAUAUUCCAUCUGGAACUCGGAAAGUGAACCUCACAUCCUGGCAUCAUGACAAAGGCCAGGCCAACUUAUCAAAUAUGACGUUCAGUGAUGGAAAGCUAAUUGUUAAACAAGAUGGAUUUUACUACCUUUAUGCCAACAUUUGUUUCAGACAUCAUGAAACUUCAGGAAACCUGACUAAGAGAGGGCUUCAGCUGAUGGUGUACAUGACUAAGACAAACCUUAAAAUAAGGCGCUCUGAUGUGUUGAUGAAGGGAGGAAGCACCAAAUACUGGUCGGGGAAUUCUGAAUUUCAUUUCUAUUCUGUAAAUGUGGGAGGGUUUUUUAAAUUAAAAUCUGGUGAAAUGAUAAGCAUCCAGGUAUCAAACCCAUUGCUACUGGAUUCAUCACAAGAAGCAACUUAUUUUGGGGCCUUUAAAGUAAGGGAUUUAGACUGA